UUUUGGCGUGAAACUUAAAUCACGGGCGGGAGAUGACCGAGUCAGUCGGCUAGCGAAAGUGUAGCGUUAAGAGUUAAAAACUCAAAGUUAAAAAAAGUUUUGAAUCGCAGGCUUAUCUCCGAGUGAGUUGAGUAAACAUUACAUUGUGUUUCAGUUCGAAGAGGAGGCAGGACAACGACCAACAGUAACGGUAUCGACUACUAACUACGGUACCGAGGACAGACGGGAGUGAUUCAACAGUUUAAAGAUGAUCAUGAAGGGGCAGAAGCGUAAACACCCACCAGAGGAUGUGGAGGUUUCAGACAGGAGCAGCCCCACCUGGGAGAGCCAGCGCCAGUUUGUAUUCUCAGUUUCCCUGAACAAGUAUCAGCAUGGCCAGGAGCUACCUGAACCCAGCCUGCGGAGGUCUGUUCUGAUAGCUAACACUCUGCGGCAGGUCAGCCUAGAAGCCUUUGGGGCGCCCUCUGUAGACAUGGAGGUGUCACAACCACUUUCUAGCUCUUCAUCUGCACUCCAGGAGAGUAUUUUCACUGCAGCAAAACACCACCCUGCAGUGAUGUUUUCUAACAGCCACUCAGCUCUUGUCAGCUGCCCUCUGGUUUCAAUAAAUGACGUGUCAAAUUGUGCUAGGUCUCCUGCAAACUGCAACUUAAGUGCAUCAAAUGUCCCUUUGUCUGUAAAAGACGAAGAUGAGGACUGGGGAUCCAUGUCCACGGAUUCUGAUUUCUCCCUUUCAGCUGCCAUCUCCUCCAUUCUCACUGCACUGGACUCUACCAUUGAUAGUAGCCCACAGACAGCUCCACGAACGCCUCUCAAGUCCUUGGAGAACCUGUCGGGUUCCUCUGAUGGAGGUGUGGAAUGGGUGAAACAGGGAGUCAGAGGUUAUGGGGGAAGCUGGGAGCAGCAGGAAGAGUGGAGGGUGCGGGAGAGCAGCUUUGAGGUGAUGAGGUCCAGCUACCUCAGUGAACUCACUGUGGAGGAUCUGUUCCAGGAUAUAGACACGUCCCUUCUGGAGAGGGACAUGGGAGUGCUUGGGCUCAGAGGCAGUGGAGGUGGAUACCCGACAGGGGAGGACCUUUUACGGUAUCUGCCGCCUUUCUCCUCCUCCCCCCCACACCCCUUCUCCCUCUCUCUCAACCAGAAUAUGAAGUGCCUCCCGUCGCUCUCUUCGUUCAGCCCACUGUCGUCUUCUCCACUUUCUCUUUCUUCGCCACCCUUUUCUAGUCAGAAUCAUGUGAGAGAAGGACUUGAGCUGGACCAUCUGAUGGAGAUCCUGGUGGAGUCCUGAAUGCCUCAUUGUCACUAUACUGUAAGGAAGUAACUUGAACACCAUUCACUAGGUUAGUGGACAAAAACUGAAUUCUAAAGGCAAAGGGAAUAGAUUGUCAAACACAUCAAGAAUCCCCUUUGUUGUUUUUAUAUAUUGCUCAAGAAAUAGUGUAUGGGCUUUAGAAAGUAGUGAGAAUGCUUAAGAAAUUUAGAAAUUGUUGAUGUCAAAGACAGGAAAUGCUCCAUAUGUGGGCUAGCAUGAAGAGUAGCUGUGAUGCAUCUCGCAGCUUUUUGUGCAACAUGAAGCGUUUGUGUUUCCCCAGCAGAAAUGGAGGUAAAGUUACAAUGAAAACUAUGGGUGGUAAGCCAGAUAAGGCUGUGUUCUUUUAACGGCUAAGCAAUGAGUCAGUGCAUAAUGAACUGCUUAAAAGUAGUUUACUACAGUUUCGAGUGUGACUCAGUUAAUUGGAACUAGGGAAGGGAAGGGAGGUGUCUGAUUAAAAAAAAAAACAGGAUUUAUUCAUCAAAUCAGAAGUAGUCAGUGGAGAGAAAAUAACUCCAGCAGUGUUGCCCUAAAAUGUGUCAAAUGCAUCACAGUUUAGAGUAAGAACAAAAGCAGUAGCCAGUCAUGUACUGGUGUGGGUUCACGCAGUGGACUGAGCACAUGAGAGAAAUAACUUAAAACACAGGUGUAAAAUGUUAAUGUGAGUUCUGAGAGAAUGUGAUUUGAUUGGUGAAACACUAAUAUUAUGGGUCAAACGUCUAUGAAGAAAUCCUUUAACCUCAUAUUUAUCAAUGAGUUAUAACAGGUGCUAAGAGAUGAGGUCAGGAUUUCAAACAGUAGGAUCACCCAGGAAAGAAAUCCAUAAGAACUGGUAUUUUAUUCAGUUACAAAAAAAGAAAAGACAUUUCAAGUGUAUAUAAUUGUUGAUGGUUAUUGUUAACUGGGUUAUUGUUCUUUGUAUCCAUCAGAUUAUUAUCAGUUAUAAUUCAGUAACUAGUAGCUGGAGGUACAGUACGAUUUCAUGUAUCCUGUAUUAGCAGUAAAGAAAGUUGAAGAUCAUUUAGUGGGGGAAAAGCACAACUCUUAAUGCCUCUCAAACAGCGGACUGUUAAACCAUGUCCCUGCCUGAAACGUUUCCACUCAGGAAACACAGCAACACGUGGCUGUUCUGGCUACAUGCACAGUCCAGCUCAGAAAGAGUAUUUAAUGUCUUUUUAAAAUAUGCUGUUAUUCAAAGAGCCUUUACAGAGCUGUGCUUACUGGACAUACAACACAUCCUCAUGGAUUUCAAUGUGACAGUACAGAGCCACUGCAUCACGUUAGCUGAAGUCACAACCACUACGCAACAGAUUCUGUUGUACAGAUGUAAUAUUACUGAUCAGUCCUGGUGGGUGUUUAGCAUCAUGCUGUGAGCCACAUUGGCUGAUGGUGUAAAUCCGCCCUGUGAACAAUUUGUCAGUAUUCAGGUUCUGCUUGUUUUAAGAGGGUUCGCAUGUUUUGUCUGGUUUACAUGUGAAUUAUUGCACUUUUGUUAAUAAUAUGCGUUUCUAAGUCAUGUGAGCAUGUGCUUUGUGUUUUACUCUGUAUUUAUUAAGCAGUGGUAACAUUUGGCCUAAUUCCUUUUGAACCCAGAAAGUAGACUCCUAUUAGAUGUUCUGUAACGGUUUGUUCUUUAAAAGAAAACCACUUAAGGAAAGGUGUUUUAGCUGCAAAUUUAACCAGCUAUAUGUUGAUCCAGCAUCUAAACCAACACUGCUGAAAUGUGUAACAUGGAAGAUGCAUCGUUUGAGGAAGCACAUGAUGCCAGUUUGUCAGGUUUUUGUACGGAUCAGCUUUCUAUACAAAGUUUCUUUGAAUAGCUGUGCUGCAGUCUCAAACUAUUUAUAAAUGGAAUAUUUUGUUAAGAUGAGUAAUUGUAAGUCAUAACAUAUGACGAUUCUGUUAUAUUAAUGUAUCGUCAUGGCAGUUUUUUUAUUUACUUUUAUUUUCUCUAUAAAUAUUUUAUGGUCGUUUAAUUGAGGGCAGAAUGCCUGUUAACUAUGUAUUUAGACUUUUCCAUUUUUCAAAAAGGCAAAUGUCUGUUUAACUAAACUGCUGUUUGUAAUAAAAUGUCAAAAUGAAA